AUGGCCUCUAUAUUCAACGGACGUCGAAGACAGCACAGGCCGGUGCCUGUCCCCAAUGAACAUGACCCCUGGGACAUGCACGACCACCCAUCUACCUCGGACGACAGUUCGUCCCCAAGCUCCUCCACCCCCCGCGGCGCUGCGACGAGAAUCAUGCAUCACAUGAGGCGUUUCUCCGCCAACAGUACCCCAAAGAAACGCGAGCACAGUCCCCUGGCGCACGGGAUGUACUCGACCGCUGCCGAGACCUUGCCGCCAAGUCCCUCUCCAUUCGCCGUGCACGCCCACGGCCAUGCACCGCGCCCCACCAUCGAGCAGAUCGCGAUGGGCCUCCACAUCUCGCGCACCCCACAUCUUCUUCCCCAGCCCAGGGCGGUCUCUCUUUCCCCGCACGCCCACCGGCCACACUACCACCACCAUCCCUCCGCCGACGGCACGCGCCCCGGCGCGCUCCCCCUCACCCGUCCCUCCGCACAAGUCCGGCGCGCGUCCGUGUCCGCCGUCGUCCUCCCGCCGCCCCCCGCGCGGUCGUCGAUGAAGAAGACUCCAAGACCGCCGGGCCCGCUAGGCGCCUCAGGCACCAGGAGCAGUGAGAACGCGACGCUCGCCACGUCCGCGUCCGACGCGUCGCUCUCCACCCUCACCACGCAGACGUCGAGCGUGCCCGCGACGCCGCACUCGGCCCUGGCGCGCGCGGGAGGCAUGCCGACGUCGUUCCACGGGAAGCUGCUCCGGUUGCUGCCGAGCCGCAAAGGAGGCGGGCUCGUCGCGGGUGCGAGAGCGGACAGUCCCGCCGGGCGGACGUCGUCGGACGGCGAGUCUGCGUCGAGACCGUUGACCCCACGGAAGGCGGUGCGCUUCUCGACGAGCACGGAUGGUCGGACCUCACACGAUGAGCGCUAG